ACUUCACAAUUCCUCCGACAUUUUUUCAAUUUCAUACAUACUAUGUAAUUCACUUUAAUGUCAAUGAACAUUUGACGUUUAGCACAUGGUUCAAUUAAUUUACAGGCUUCUGCUGAGGAAGUACUAGAUGACUUUCAGAAAAAAAUUCAGUGAUCAAUGAAAAAUCGAAAUGUCUGGGAAGUUACCACGGUCAGCGAUGAGCUUGAAGCAGUUCAUGGUACACCAGGAAGUAUUGAAAUUGUACCGAAAUAUCUUGAAGGCUAUACGUGAGGUGCCCAAUGAAGAAGAUAAAAAGUAUCUCAGGGAUUGGGCAAGGUCGGACUUCAGGACAAAUAGAGACGUCAAAGACGAUUUUGCCAUAAAAUCCCUAAUAGUACAUGGGGAGAAUUCGCUCGCAGAGUUACGAAAAAAUCUUAGUCGAACAAAGGGAUCCUGAAAGCUACUGUUGCAACUAACAUCUGAGAAAAUAAACCUUAUUUAUGUAGUUAGUUUAUUAUGGAAAAAUAAAAAUAUCGACAUCUCAUGA